UCUGUCACUAUUUCUCUACCUUUAGCUCCCAAACCAGAAUACUAGAAUACUACUACUGCCUUGACAACUAUAUUUCUCAUUUCAUCUCCUUUCUUCCUGGAUAUGGAUCUAAAGGAUUUUUGCCUGAGUGAAAAUGUCCACUUCCUCAGCCAGCACAACCACCUGUUGGACUCCUCAAACACCGACGACGCUCCUUCACUAGAUGAUACAUGUAUCAAGACGGAUCCCURCAGCCCUACCUUCGCCCUGGACAGAACCACAGCAUUCAGUCCCAGCUCGGACAGCAGUGGAUACAGUUUAUUCUCACCGGGUCACUCGCUGGACCCGGAAUCCCCGAGUUCGAGCAGCAGCGGCAGCGGUGUCAGCGCAGCACCGGACUGUAGCAGCGCAUCUCAGUUUUGCUCAGACCGCAGUUUGGCGCUCUCUGCGCACGUUGAUUCUAUCCUCAAAUGUGACUACUUAUCGUCGCUGGGCUCUGGACCUAAAAGGCUGUGUCUAGUUUGUGGCGACUUUGCAUCGGGAUAUCACUACGGAGUAGCGUCGUGUGAGGCYUGCAAGGCUUUCUUCAAGAGGACAAUUCAAGGUAACAUUGAGUACGGCUGCCCUUUGGUGAACGAUUGUGAGAUCACCAAGCGUCGUAGGAAGUCGUGCCAAGCGUGCCGCUUCCGGAAGUGCCUGCAUGCCGGCAUGAUGAAGGAAGGUGUUCGCAUGGACCGAGUAAGAGGAGGACGUCAGAAGUACAAGAGAAGGGGGGACUCUGGCCUCUCUCUUUAUAUGAAGGCCCCAGACACACACCUCGUCAAGGCCAACGGAAACAAAGUGAUCUCCCAGCUCCUCUUGACAGAGUCAGCCCCCCUGUGUGCCACGCCGGACAACUCAACCAAUGAUGACAACCUUAAAGCCCUGCUGACGCUUUGUGACCUCCUAAACAGGGAACUCCUGGUCAUGAUUGGCUGGGCAAAGCAUAUCCCAGGCUUCUCUGCCCUUUCAUUGGUGGACCAGAUGGCCCUGCUGCAGAGUGGUUGGAUGGAGACGCUGGUCCUGUCAGUGGUGUCUCAGUCUCUGGGCUAUGGGGAGGAACUGGUGUUUGCUGGGAACUUGCAUCUGGACCAGGCCCAGUGCAGAGCGGCCGGACUCUCUGACCUCUACACUGCCCUGAGACAGCUGACCACCAAGUACAGGCAGAUGAACCUGAGCCGAGAGGAAGUGGUCACUCUCAAGGCCAUGGCCCUCGCCAACUCAGACGCAGAGAACCUGGAGAGUGUGGAGGCAGUGCAGCGGUUCCAGGACGGACUCCAUGAAGCCCUGCAGGAGUACGAGAGCGCCCAGAACCCAGCAGAGCUCCACCGGGCAGGCAAACUGCUCAUGACCCUGCCCCUGCUCCGGCAGUCUGCCAACCGUGCCGUGGACACCUUCUGCCGGCUCCACCUGGAGGGCCACGUGCCCAUGCACAAACUCUUCCUGGAGAUGCUGGACGCCAAAAUAUGACUGUUCUACACCUAACCUCCAAUUGGCCCCUCACAAACCGUAACCAGGUGCCCCAUUGUUGUGGGGUCAGAAGUUCAGGGUUUGGUGGGUCACAGUUUUAUGACAAGUCAUGGUGUCAUGGAACGAGCCUGAUAACUGCGUACUGUAGAACAACAUAUACAAGUGAUAGAUCCUGUUUCUCAUUAGGGUAAAAGCCAAGGGCUCUAUUCAAUCCGUAUCGCGGAAGUUCAGCGUUACAGUGUCAUUGAAAUUCAAAGGCAAUGUUCUUGCGUUAGCGGAGACUGCAUUCACGGUAAACACUAGCUUAUGUCGGCUCAAUCAGAAAUGACGUUUACAUUGCUAUCGCGCAAUCUGGAACGCUUCAGCGAUACAGUUUGAAUAGAGUUCCAAGUCUAGUAGAUUCAUAUAUUUUGGUACUUUUUCCAGAGGAGAGUAUGUACAGUACAUUGUUUUGUUUUUUUAUAUCGUGGGGAUUUUCCAGCCAUUAUAUUCAGUCAAUAUGAAAGGAUGUCACUCAUGAUGAAAACAUAAUAGCACUUAUUGACGAUGCAUUCUGUUAGCUAGAUAUCACAUAGCCAAAGGCCUCUGCAAGCUGUUAGCCAGGCUGAACCAAACUAUUAGUACUGCUAUCAUUACAAACAGAACAUUAUUUUGGACUUACCUGCCUUAUAAUGUACUAAGAAGGUGCAUUGCCAUGACAUUUGUAUUUUAUUUAUUUAUUACAUGAUCGCUGUACAAAGACAUGAACUGCUUUCCUACUAGUUUGUAUGCGUUUGAAUAAAAUGCUUUUGGAAUGAAA